AUGCAUGACCUCAUCAAUGAUUUGGCUCAAGCAGUUGCAGGGGACAUCUGUUUUAGGUUGGAGAAUAAUUUAGAGGGUGGCAAGCAGAACAAGAUUUCAGACAAAGCUCGACAUUCAUCUUUUGUUGGUAGUGAAUAUGAAGGAAUCAGAAAAUUCAAAGCUUUCGAUGAUGCCAGAUGCUUACGAACCUUCUUAAGGUUUUCGGCGAGUGCAUUCAACUACACAACAAGGUACUUGAUUCAUGAUUUGUUGCCAAUGUUAAAGUGCUUACGUGAGUUGCGUUUGUGUUGUGAUGGGAUUGAUGAACUACCAGAUUCCAUUGGAGAUCUAAAGUAUUUGAGGUACCUUGAUGUAUCUUGUUCUGGGAUUACAAGGUUACCUGACACGGUGGUAACUCUCUACAAUUUACAAGUCUUGUUUUUGAAAUUUUGUUUUGCACUUGAGAAGUUGCCUCUAAACAUGGAGAGGCUGGUGAACUUGCGCCAUUUUGACAUGACUGGCGUGGAUAUUCCAUCAUCAGAAGAGAUGUCGCUACAUAUAGGUAAAUUAACUAGUCUCCAAACAUUGUCAAAUUUUAUGGUGGGUAAAGAUUGUGGACGUAAAAUAGGAGAGUUGAAAAACCUGUCGCACAUUCGAGGGGCAAUACACAUAUCAAGACUGGAGAAUGUCAGUGGUGUUAAGGAUGCAAGGGAGGCCAAUUUUAUGUCUAAGGAGGAGUUAAAAGAGUUAUCACUAGAAUGGGGUAAAUCUCACCGUUCACAGAAUGACAUAGUUGAGAGGGAUGUGCUUGACGUGAUGAGGCCUUUCAAAUUUUUGGAACGACUCACCAUCAGUGGGUAUGGUAGUACAAAAUUUCCAAACUGGGUUGGAGAUGUUUCAUUCUCUAAAAUGGUAUUCAUGCGAUUAGAAGGUAGUAAAUAUUGCACAUCAUUGCCACCACUUGGACAACUGCCCGUGCUUAAAGACCUUUACAUUGAAGGAAUGAGUGCAAUAAAGCGCUUGGGUUGUGAGUUCUAUGGGCAGCAGUGUGGUGCCAAACCUUUCCCCUCUCUAGAGAGAUUGAGCUUUGAGUUUAUGCCAGAAUGGGAGGAUUGGUCUGCUUUUGAAACAGAGGGAGUUCAGCCGUUCGGUCAUCUCAGUGAGCUUUCCAUCAUAAAUUGUCCCAAACUUGUUGGAAGAUUACCAAAUGAUCUUCCUUGUCUCAAUUCUCUCAAAAUUGAUGGUUGUCCGCAGUUGUUGAUUGAUGUUUCGAGCCUCGUUCAGCCAUCACUUGCGUCCUUGUCAAUGAAUAAUGUUAUUCUCCCAAGAGAAAGCCAUGUUACAGUUCUCAACUCCCUCUGUGAUCCAAGCGCAACUGAUGAAGAGUUACUGGCUAAUGAAAUGUCUAACCAUUUGACUUCAAUAACUGCCUUGAGCAUUUCUGAUAUUGAAAAACUGGCAUUCCUACCGACAUGGUUUACUCAAGAUUUGAUGGGACUCGAAAAAUUGGACAUUAGUAACUGCCAAGAACUCAUAACAUUGUGGCGGAAUAAGGUGAGAAUACAAGUAUGUCUCCCUUCCCUCUGCCAUUUGAAGAUUUCUCAUUGCCCUAAAGUCAUUUGCUUGUUUGAAGAAGAGCAAGAAAAAGGAGGAGAAGGUUGGAAAAAGCAGCAACAUGAGGAGCUGCCUUGCAUGACGAGACUCGAGUAUUUAACAAUUGAAGAGUGUGGAAUGCUGAAGAAAUUGCCACAAGAUUUGCACACAUACACAUCUCUUGGGGUGCUUAGAAUCCACGAUUGUGCAAGUCUUAUCUCUUUUCCAAUGAAAGGUUUGCCAUCUAUGCUGAGAGAACUUAGGGUUUCAAAUUGUGAUGCUCUGGAGUCGCUACCCGAGUUGAUGACACUCAGUAAUCUGCAAGAGUUGCUGGUUUCUGAAUGUGCAUCACUCACAUACUUAUUGUCAAGAGGUGGGCUACCAUCCACACUAAAACAACUUGGGAUUGAGUUGUGUGAAAAUCUGGAGUCACUUUUUGUAACGGAAGGGAUCAAAAUUGACUGUCCAUCUCUUGAAACUAUUUGUAUCGAUUUUUGUGGGAGUCUUAAAUCUUUACCUGAAGCCAAUAAUCUCAGGAAUCUCAGUGAAUUGCAGAUAAACUAUUGUUAUAAUCUGGAGCCCGUGUCACUUGGUGGUCAUGAUGAGAACAACAACAACAUGAACCAACUCAGUUCGCUUCAAAAGCUUGUUAUAAUCUGGAGCCCCUGUCACUUGGUGGUCCUGAUCAGAACAACAACAUCAACCAAUUCACUUCGCUUCAAAAGCUGUGUUUAUAUGAAUGCAGGGCAGGAAUGGUCUCCUACUUUGUCAAGGAAGGGAGUUUCCCCACCAACAUCACUUCACUUGAAAUCGGGAAUUUGA